AUGAGUAGUACAACUGCAAAGGAAGCUACAUCGGAAGAGCCACCUGUGUAUACUGACCUUAGCCAACAAUUUGUACCGUUUGAAGAAUCUGAUGAAUCUGCUACAUCACCUCUAAUGGCUGAAGAAAAUAGACAUGAUGAGCAGUCAGAAAACAUCUAUGAUGAAGCAUUAAACGGAUCUCCUAACAGUGAUUGUUGCCAAAAUGUUGUGGGAUGUGAAGCGCUGGAGAUGUUAGAAGAGGUCAGAGUAACGGAUGAGCAAUCGAAACCAACUGCAAAGAUAACUAGACAAUUCCGGAAGCGAAGUGCUAGGAGAAGAGGAGGGAAUGGAUUGUGCCCUCCACAUCCACCGGAAGAUGUGCCAGUUGUGGAUUGGAGUGAACCAAGCGAAAUCAAGCAUAUAUUCCCGAAGACAUAUAACUACGUGGUUUACGCUCAAGCGCGUUACAGUUCCCAGUACCUCAAUUUGUCAAAGUGGAGAAAGGAAUUUGAUUUCUUCCUUGAUAAAUACAAAUACUGGCGCAAUCUCAUCCAAAAAAAGCAGCUUACUGACCAUAAAGAAAUCACCAAAGCGAAACAACUUGUAGGACAGCUGAGAUGGUUGCUUGAUCAUUGCUGGGAAGGUGAUGAAAGCAAACCUUUAGUACCAGAAAUGUUGUGGAGAGCUCGAAAGGAGGAAGCUCGAAGAUGUGAACAAUUACUGAUCCGUAAGGAAUAUUACAAAAGAGAGGUAUUGGUGAAGACAACUGUACCACCACUUUCUGGUCGUGUAAAUGCCAGCAUACAUCUGAAGAAACACGAUGACCACACUUCUUCACUUGAAGAUGAUACGGUGAAGCUUUCAUCCACAUUUGAGAGAGAAGCUAUAGAACAAGUUGAAAUUGAUGACAGUGGUGGACUAUCGAAAUCGCCAUUAUCUAACAAAUUAAAUGAAGAAGAGGAAGAGGAAGAUGACCCACCGAAUUUUUGGAAAGAGCGUGAUCAGAUUAUUAGGAAAAGAGCGCAUCUCUUUUCACUCCAAUUCUUGGUACGUCGUUGGGCAGAUGUGCUAAAACAGCUGCAAACGCCAUCAGGAAUAGUGCGAACAUCAUGUUAUCGUACUUUUAUGCAAAAAAAGGUGGAACAGUACGCUCGAGAUCUGAUAGCUAUGUAUGAAGAGAUCAAAGGUUCAGAUAAUUUCGACGAGCAAGUAAUCCAUGUUCUUUUACGACGAGAUGUGCUGCUUAAGGAGGAUAUGUGUGAAAAUGGCCUAGAAUCGCUCACCAACAAUUGGGUUAUUUUUGAAUCGAAGUCACCCAAAGUUUUUAAAAAAAAAGUGGAUAGGAGUUCUCGAGAAUCAUCAAACUCACCAGCGAAAUUUUCAUUUUCAAGCACUUCAUCGACAUUGCUGAAAGUGAGGGAUUAUCUGGAUGAUGAUGUGAAGUGUGCUACACCUGCAAUACGGAAUUCCAAAGCAAAGCAAGUGACGUGUGACCCAUCAGAAGUCACAAAUACGACACAACUUGCUGCAACAAAAGACAAUAGAACGAGCAUGCCGAGUAGAUCUGGUUUAACAAUUGGUGCUGAAAUUCCUCGACCUGUGGCGAUUAAGCCAUCUAACUUGACAGAAGAUGAAAGAAAUCGAUUGGAAUUGCAAGAAGUUGUAGCAGUAGAAGCGUUGUGGGCUGCAUUUGCUAAAACAGAAACACCAAAAUGCAAGAAUUUCUGCUUUUUAUUUCUAAUAUAUGCAAAAUUUUUUUUGCGAGAAUCUCUUCUUUCAGUCAAAGAUGAUAAGCCAAUAUUGAAUGCUAUCGAAGCUGUUUUGAACUCAUGUAGAAGUUAUCGAGCAGUACUUGAAGUUCCGCUACCAAAAAUGCUUGCAGACUUACGGCGUACCGCAAAAUUCCGCAACAUUAAUGAAUCAGUAGCGCUCUUACAAGCAUUGAUAAUUCAGAGGCACGAAGCAAAAACAGGUCGUCGAGUUGAUCUAACUCUUUUUGAAACUCCGGAAAUUAGAAGACUUCGAGCACAGUUUGCUGCUUCAGUUGCAGCACAUAAUUCGAAUCCUGCCGUUUCAGUGAGACCUGCAGAAAUUGCUUCUCAUAUUUCAUAUUCAGCUGGGAUAAGAUCUUCGGCAUCGAGCUCGACUGGCAUAAAAUCUUUGGAAGCAAGUUCAUCUGGCGUAAAAUCUUUAGAAAAUAAUAUUAAGCAGGAAUUGGACGAAACACCACCUAAAAAGAAACAAAAACAAUUAAGUGAAGAAGUAAUUGAAUCUGAUAAGGAUGAAUUGAAAAGAGAAACGAAAUCGGUGAAAAGUGAUGGUAAUAUCGAAAUGUUAGCUACGAAUCGCCCAAAACGUCAUAUUAAGGCACCGCAAAGAUUUAUAUUCGAUGACGAAGAAAAAGAAGAGGAAAAAAAGAAAAAAACAGUGACGCGGGAACGAGCAAAAACUGUCAAGGAAAAUAGUCCGAAAGCAAUAGAAAAACUGAAUCAAAUGUCGCAGUACAACAGUGUCCACAAAGAAAAGCAUGAAAAAAAUGUUGAUUCGUCAGCAUCAUCAAUGGAGUUAUCAAACAUGGAAACAAUUGUGGUAAUCCCAGAAGAUGAUAGUAUGGAUCCGAAUGACUGUAAUUUCUGGUUCUUAAACACUGAUGAUGAAAUGUUUCUGGAUCCCGAUUUAGUUAACGUAAAAGUUGAGCACGAAUUCAAAUAUGAACCUGAUGGAAUAGUGCAUGACACGUUUCGAUAUAUCGGCACGUGGAAAAAUGGCACUGUUAAAGAAGUAAGCAGACGUGUAUAUGAACUUUGGACUAAUCGCAAGAUUGCUAAAGUAAGUGGACAAGCAACUACUGAAGAAAGCAAGAGCAAGGAAACAGAAAGUACAACUGAACAACAGCGAUCAAUAUCGCCACAAGUUCCACAACAAAAACAAGUAUCAUCCAUCAAUUUAUUGACAUAUCCAGAUAAUAAUAGCACUUCGAAUGAACGAGUGAUAAACUAUAACGAUGUGGCAAGCAUUUAUUCAAAUGAUACUAUCAGUCGUUUAUCGGGUACCGGACCAUGUAGCUCACAGGAUAUUGCAUUUGGUAGUAAUUUAAGGGAACAGAAUGAAGAUGGAGAUUGUGGUCCUUGGCGACAAGUAGCAUUUCGAAAAGAGACAUCAUUAGGUGGACCAGUAAAAAUGGAUAAACUAAAGACGCAGUAUGAUCAUUUACUUAUGAUUUCGGAAAAGAAAUAUAUGGGAAAAUUGUUCUCAGAAUGGAUGUAUGUUCCGGAAGGUGGUUUAUUUGAUGAUAGGGUAAAACGUAUAAAGCAGAUUAUUCAAGAACUGGAAGAUAUACUCAAUCAGCCGGACUCAACAUGGAGAGACUAUUUCAACAUGAAAAAAUAUUUGCAAACAAUGAUUGACAACGUUAUGAUUGAAUUCAGUGCGCUAUCUGAACAAGUUCCAUCAACUCAUCUCAUGCAUAUAUCUGAUGCUACGUUUUCAUCCAGCAAAAGCACCAUAAGUGAUGCCGAGCGUGACAGUGCCAAUGUUUUAACUAGACCAAAUUCGAAUUGA